GCCGGGCGUGCCGGCCACACUCCCCCACCCACUCCGUGAGCUUGUCACUUCCUGCCCUCGCCCCAUCUCCGUCCGGGGUCAGUCAGUCGCUCCCUGUCGCUGCCGGAGAGCCUCUGCUUCCCCCUUCCUACGCGCUCCGCGGCGGUAGCCCGGGCUCCCGGGAGAGGCAGACGGAGAAGGAGACGGACUGACUCAAUAAAGUUUCCCGAACAACUACUACCAGAAAGGCCCAAGGAGAGCCGAAAUGAAGAGCUUCUUACAGUGAAAGCAAAGUAGGUCGCACCCACUGAAAAUGCCUUUAAGGGACAAAUACUGUCAGACUGACCACCAUCAUCACGGAUGCUGUGAACCAGUUUAUAUCCUGGAACCUGGAGAUCCUCCUUUGUUACAGCAGCCACUACAGACAUCCAAAUCUGGUAUUCAACAAAUAAUUGAGUGCUUUCGAUCAGGAACCAAACAACUUAAGCAUAUUUUAUUGAAAGAUGUGGACACAAUUUUUGAAUGUAAAUUAUGCCGAAGUCUCUUCAGAGGAUUACCAAAUUUAAUUACCCAUAAGAAAUUCUAUUGCCCACCAAGUCUUCAGAUGGAUGACAACCUUCCUGACGUAAAUGAUAAACAAAGCCAAGCCAUAAAUGAUCUCCUAGAAGCCAUAUAUCCAAGUGUGGACAAACGAGAAUAUAUUAUUAAGCUAGAACCCAUAGAAACUAAUCAAAACGCAGUAUUUCAAUAUAUUUCACGGACUGAUAAUCCUAUUGAAGUCACAGAGUCAAGCAAUACUCCUGAGCAAACCGAAGUUCAAAUACAGGAAACCAGCACUGAGCAGUGUAAGACAGUAACAGUUACAGACACAGAGGUAGAAACUGUAGAACCUCCUCCUGUUGAGAUUGUUGCUGAUGAAGUUGCACCAACAUCUGAUGAACAACCUCACGAAUCACAGCCUGACCUGGAAACUUCUGACAAUUCUGAUUUUGGUCACCAAUUGAUAUGUUGUCUUUGUAGAAAAGAAUUCAAUUCUAGACGAGGUGUUCGUCGUCACAUUCGAAAAGUACACAAGAAAAAGAUGGAAGAACUAAAAAAGUACAUUGAAACACGAAAGAAUCCAAACCAAACUUCUAAAGGACGCAGUAAGAAUGUUCUAGUUUCAUUAAGUAGGAGUUGUCCAGUAUGUUGUAAAUCAUUUGCUACAAAAGCGAAUGUAAGGAGGCAUUUUGAUGAAGUUCAUAGAGGACUAAGGAGGGAUUCAAUUACUCCUGAUAUAGCAACAAAGCCUGGGCAACCUUUGUUCCUGGAUUCUGUUUCUCCUAAAAAAUCUUUUAAGACUCGAAAACAAAAGUUGUCUUCAAAGGCUGAAUACAAUUUAACUGCAUGCAAAUGCCUCCUUUGCAAGAGGAAAUAUAGUUCACAAAUAAUGCUUAAAAGACAUAUGCAAAUUGUUCACAAGAUAACUCUUUCUGGAACAAACUCUAAAAGAGAGAAAGGCCCUAAUAAUACUGCCAACAGUUCAGAAAUAAAAGUUAAAGUUGAACCAGCAGAUUCUGUAGAAUCUUCACCCCCUUCCAUUACCCAUUCUCCGCAGAAUGAAUUAAAGGGAACAAAUCAUUCAAAUGAAAAAAAGAACACACCGGCAGCACAGAAAAAUAAAGUUAAACAAGACUCUGAAAGCCCUAAAUCAAGUAGUCCGUUGGCUGCAGGUGGCCAACAAAAAACCAGGAAACCAAAACUUUCAGCUGGCUUUGACUUUAAGCAACUUUACUGUAAACUUUGUAAACGUCAGUUUACUUCCAAACAGAACUUGACUAAACACAUUGAGUUGCACACAGAUGGAAACAACAUUUAUGUUAAAUUCUAUAAGUGUCCUCUUUGCACUUAUGAAACUCGUCGGAAACGUGAUGUGAUACGACAUAUAACUGUGGUUCAUAAAAAGUCAUCUCGCUAUCUUGGGAAAAUAACAGCCAGUUUAGAGAUCAGAGCUAUAAAAAAGCCUAUUGAUUUUGUUCUAAAUAAAGUGGCAAAAAGAGGCCCUUCAAGGGAUGAAGCAAAACAUAAUGAUUCAAAACAUGACGGCACUUCUAAUUCUCCUAGUAAAAAGUAUGAGGUAGCUGACGUCGGUAUUGAAGUAAAAGUCACAAAAAAUUUUUCUCUUCACAGAUGCAAUAAAUGUGGAAAGGCAUUUGCUAAAAAGACUUAUCUUGAACAUCAUAAGAAAACUCAUAAGGCAAAUGCUUCCAAUUCACCUGAAGGAAACAAAACCAAAGGCCGAAGUACAAGAUCUAAGGCUCUUGUCUGAUAACGUCAAGUGAUGUGUGAAAAGGUUUGGAGUUCAUUUUUGUGGAAAGACUUUUAAGUUGGUGUUAGAACCACUAAACAUCUUCACAUGGUACUAUGAGGAAAAAAAAAAGAAAAAACUUCCCAUAAAUUUUCAACUGUUGUUUUCUGACUAAAAUAAUAACCAUCUAAUUACUUGUUUCUAAAGUAGUGCCUAUUUUCCAGCACUUAUAAGUAGUUGUGGCAUUACAUAUCAUCAGUCUAUCAGCUAACCACCUUGACUUUAUGCAUUUGUUCUACAAAAAUGUUGAAACUUUGUUUCCCAAAUAAUAUGUUGAUUAAAAUGAUCAACAACCCAAGGAAAAUAGCUGUUUUUAAUUCACAGAAACUGCUGUUUAUCUUAGUGAGUUUAGUUUUGUUUUACUUUAUUUGGAAAAAUUUUCAUGUGGAUUGUAUAGGUAUAUGGUUUUCUAGUGAGUGUAUGUUAAGAACAAAAGACAAAUUAGUAUCAUCACAUUAUAAAUAGUCUACUAAAUAUUUGUAAUACUUUUACAUCCAUUUAUCUCUAACUUGUUCUCUAGCACUUAAAUGUUUGAAAGUUUUAUUCUAAAAUAUAUAAUACAGGAAAGUUACUGCUCAAUUUCAUACAUGGAUAUUAUAUUUUAAAUUUUUAAACAUCUGAAGUUUUUAUGAAAAUUAAACAUUUCCCUAUUUUUCUUUAAGUUUCUUAUGAAGCACUUUAAUUAUAGAUGAAACCUUAUUUUUCAAUUUAUUUCUUUUUUUAAUGACCAUACAUUUAUUAAUGUUAAUAUGAAAGCAGUAAAUAGCUCACUGAUAUUUUAUGGAUGCAGACAAUCCAUGCACAACCACUUCUUAUGAUACUAGGUAAUAUACUUAAAUAUUGUUUAAAAAGGAAGAUAGGGCAUAAACCCUGAUUUUUUUCCU